AUGGACACCAUCCUUUUCGAGGAAGUCGGUAACCAAGACCAGGACCAGAGCCAGGUCCAAGAGCAGGCCAUGGAAUGGCACAGCAACGGCGGGAUGGAUGUCACCGUCGAAUCCGCCAAUCGCUACCUUAAGAGCUUCCUAGUCACGGGCAACAGUACUGUCAAGCAGGUCGUCCAUCAGGCGUUCAAUAUGGUUACAGCAAUGAAGGUCAACAUUGAGGAGGAGCGCCAGGAACAGAAGAAUCUGCUAAGACGCGAAUGCAUUGGGAAGACUUGGCUUGCCGAAGCCGCCACUGCCUUUGGGAACGUUUUGGAAGUGCCGCUUCCUUUUGACGUUGAGACGGACACGGAGCCCCUGACCGUCAUUAUUACCCUCACCGACUCCGAUUACGAUCAUGAGGAAGGUGGUAGCAAGCCUUCGUCGAGGGUCGGAUGGGUGGCAACGCAGCUGCCGCGGGCCGACUUGGUCUACAACCCGGCCAUCACCGAGUCGCAGAACCUAUUCGACACGCUCCCCUUGAACCCAGACGACGAGUUUUCCACACCUUCAAACCACCUUGUAAGGUUGGCGGGUGCGUGA